UUUUGCAGGAGAAGCUUUUCUAGGAUGCAAAAGCUUUUACAUCCUCAUCCUUGUUUCUAAAAGCUGUGUCUUCUUCACAAAAUUAAAAACAAAAAAAAGUGAGCUUAGGAUGGCAUCAACAUCACAGCCUCUGCGAGGUAAAAGGGCAUGUAAAAAAAUAUUUUGGGCAGUGUUUCCUCAUGCCUGCUUCAUUCUGUCUCUUGUGAUCUAUGCUUUUCUUGGGGCUCUCAUGUUUUCCCACAUUGAAGGUAACCGGAAGGUCAAUUUAAGUGAAGGAUAUAGAAAAUUUCUGCAGAAGCUGUGGCACAUCUCCAGAAAUUUAUCAGAUAACAUGACAGAAAAUGAGGAGAUAUUUAAGGAAGAAAUCCAUGUACUGCUCAACACAGCUGAUCAAGACUGGUUUGUCAAUCCAAAAGACAGAUGGACUUUCUUUGGGUCUCUCUUUUUCUGCUGCACAGUCUUCACAACUGUGGGUUACGGUAAUACCUAUCCUGUGACACGGAUCGGAAAAUACCUCUGUAUGUUGUAUGCUUUAUUUGGCAUCCCUCUGAUGUUCUUGGUCCUGACAGACAUGGGAGACAUCCUUGCAACCGUCUUAUCCAAAUCUUACAAUGAAUUCAGAAAACUACAGUCAAAAAUUCUAGCCUCUAGACUCUGUUCUGGAUCCACAUGUAACAAAGGGGAUGAACUGAAAUCCAGAGCACAGACUAAAGUAAUCAUCACUGAGCCCUUGACUAUUAUGGAAGUGCUGAAAAGUCAGCCAGGUGUUAAAAGGAGGCCAACCAAAUAUCGCAAUGCUGAAAUUUUUGAAAUGUUAAUUGCCAGAGAAAAUGAACACAGAAAAACAGCAAUAAAUAAAAGCAUUGAGAGAUGGAGUUCAUGUCCUGAACUAGACAGGGGAAAGACAAUGACCAGAGUAAUUGAGAAUUUUGACAAAAUAGGGCAACAGUUAGAAAAAUUAGAUGUGCCCAUUGUAUUAAUGGUGCUAGUUAUCUUUGUGUACAUCUCCUGUGCAGCUGCUAUUCUUCCAAACUGGGAAACCAGGCUGGAUUUUCAGGAAGCCUUUUAUUUCUGUUUUAUCACAUUGACAACUAUUGGAUUUGGAGAUACACAACUGGAACACCCCAAGUUUUUCUUGUUUUUUUCCCUCUAUAUUAUUAUUGGCAUGGAAAUUGUCUUCAUCGCUUUUAAACUGGGUCAAGACCGCUUAAUUGUUUUGUAUAAAAAGGUGAUUUCAUUUUGUGGGAAGAAAAAGAUGCCAUUGAAGAAGGUAUAUCCAAAAUAAGAGUGGUGGUUUCUCCUUCACUCAUAAGCAUUGGCCACUUCAAUGAGAUGAAACUGUUCGUUUCUGCCUUGGGCUGGCAGGAAGCAUAUUUUAUUCUGAUUUCUUCCAAGAAUCUACUGUAAAAUGGCUAAAUACCUCAGGAGGCAUUUGGUCAUCUCCAGGGAGUACGUUCCAACAGGGUCCCAACUCCUAAAUAAUAAAUAAAGAUGACGCAUGAUGAAAAAGCAGAUGGCUCUCUCUGCCAGUGCUCCCUAGCAUCUUUUGCAAAGCUCUGACUUUCAGCAGCCUUUCUGUCCUCUCUCCCAUAGCAAGGCUAUUUUGGGUGGGGUUUUUUUCAGCACUUGUCCAGGCAAGGCCCAGAUCACUGUCUCAUCCUGCCACCCUGUCUGCAGCCAGGGACAGCUUGGCUGUGACUGUCAGUACUGAACUGUGACAGCAUGCUACUGCAAUAUGCUUCGUCAUCAGAGCCAGCUGGGAAGAAGAAGUACGAACCCAGCUGUUCUUUGGUCAUGACCGCAUGUAUUGCAAAUAUUGCACCUUUGUGCAGGCCAGAAGAAUUUUAAAGUGAAAGGAAGGUCCCCAAAUUUUCACCUCUUUCUCUGUCUCCUGUCCAGAAGUCAGUCAGAAAAUUGUUGAUCUGUUCAGGGGUGAAACCACUCCUUUUCCAUCAUGAUUUAUCAUAUCUGUAUUCAGCCCAGAAUUGAUAUGUGUCCCAUGGCAUCCAGAUACAGAAGUGCUUAUGACAAGUUCUGCUCUUGAGAUGCCCAUCUCAAGGGGGAAGACAUGCAGCAACCCUGAAGGUGACUACAGUCAUGGAUUGAAGCUCCAUCUCUUUGCUGUUAAAGAAGCAUGAUGGUGUGGGGACACUGAUCCCCAAAGUCCUCACUCCUAAUCCAGGUUUUACUCUGCACAGACUGCUUGACUUCUGGGAGUUCCUUGACCCACUCAUGGAAAGAAAAGCCUUCUUCUUUCACUGGGAUGUGGUGAGAAUCCUGUAGCACAUACUUGUGGAGCACAUUGAUAUGUGAAUAUUGGUGUUUCUUCAAAGUUUUGCUUAUAUUAUUCAUUAUCUGAAUUGAGCUACCAAUGAUAGAUUUUUUUUUUCUGUCAAAGAAACCAAAUACACAUUUUAUAAAAGAAACCACUGACUUUAAUUAAACACCUCUUAACUUGUAAACUAUCUGCAUGCCCACUGAAUGUGAAUGGCAUCUCUAGAUAUUAAAGCAUGCUUGAUUAUGACAGACUGUACAUUUUCCAUAGCAAAUUUGCCAUUUGAAGCUGAGAUUUUCAGAAUAUUUACAUGGCACUUUACCUCUGUUACACUCCAUGUACAUGGUAAUGUGUAUUCAGUCCUUAUUAAUAAUUAGUUGCCAUUAAGCACUGAUGAUAUGCAAAAUGUGUAAUGAAUGAUGGUAUAUAGAAAAGUGCUUUAUAAGAAUAACAAUAAAUAAUAAAGCAGC